AUGCACAGCACAGUGCAUGGGCAUGUGAGGGAUGUGCCCAACAAGGAGGAUGCUGUCUCCCCUGAAUUUGACUUCGCCAUUGACUGGCGCAUCCUGCCCCAGGCCGUGCCACACUUCCGAGUCAUAGCCCUUGCCGCAUUCAGGUCACAAGGAGUUGUGCUUGCUACAGACGCGGACAGGGAGGGGGAGGCGAUCGUGUGGCACGUGUACCAGCUGCUCAAGGGGGCUGCUGCUGGUGAUAGGGAGGGGGAGGCGAUCGCGUGGCACGUGUACCAACUGCUCAAGGGGGCUGCUGCGGCGAGGCGGAGAGCAGAGGUGCAGCAGAGGGAGAAGGAGCAGCGGAGAGAAAAGAUGGUGCAACAGGCUGUUCUUAUAGAGGAGCAAUUGGCAGCAGAGGCACAGGAGGCAGCAGAGGAGGAAGGAGCGGUUCUGCAAGGUGCAGAAGGGUGGGAGGGAGAAUCCGAUCUGUUCUCCAACGGAGCUGCUGCUGCUAAUUCGAGCCUGAUAAGUCCCGAAGCAGAAGAAUUAGGGAGCUUAGAUGGAUCGGCGAGUGCCAAUGUUGCUGCUGCUGAUGGUGCUGUUGGUGGUGUGGGUGAGUCGCGAGGCGAAGGGUUGAAGCAGCAAGGCGGGCAGCAUGGGUGGUUGGAAGGGGAGGAGCUUCUAGGGGAGUGGCUCCUCCCUGCCGCGGGAUCCAACGGCUGCGAUCUCACCAUCCACCGAGCCACCUUCCACGAGAUCACCCCAUCUGCCGUUCUCUCAGCCCUCUCCCACCCCCGGCUGCUCUCCCAACCCCUAGUAGACGCAUACUUCGCCCGCAGGGUUCUCGAUUUUCUCAUGGGCUUUAACCUGUCUCCUGUGCUCUGGAGGAAACUUCCUGGGUGCAAAUCCGCAGGGCGUGUUCAGUCGGUGGCUCUGCGGUUCGUGUGCGAGAGAGAGGGCGAGGUGGCGGGGUUUAACACGCAGGAGUAUUGGACUGUGAGUGCCAUGGUGCAGGCGUGUCGAACAACCAAGGGUGCGCUUCUUGAAAGCUCAAAAGGGCUUUUGGAAAGGAAGCUGGCAGGGAGAGGCAGAGAAGUAGGAGAAGGAGGAGAAGGAGGAGCGGUAGGAGCGGUAGGAGCGGUAGGAGCAGGAGUGGGGAGCGAUGCACCUCUGUCCUUCCCAGCUAGACUCACUCAUCUUUUCGGGGAACCUGUAGGAGCAGGAGCAGGAGGAGGAGGAGGAGGAGGAGGAGCAGGAGGAGGGAGACGAGCGAAAGAAGGGAAAGAAGCAAAAGAAGCGAAAGAAGAGAAACAAGGGAAAGAAGGGGAUGAAAAUUCAGUAGCAGCAGCAGCAGCAGCAGAAGUGGAGGGGGGGAUAAGGGAUGGAGAGAGGGCACUGGCAGCGGCAGUGCUGGUGGAGGGGAGUGAGCUGCAGGUGCAAGGAGUGCAUCGCUCGCAGACCAGGCGCUCCCCCUCUCCCCCCUUCACCACAUCUUCCAUGCAGCAAGAGGCGUCCUCGAAACUGGGGUUCAGCCCCAGCAGAACCAUGGCGGUGAGUGUCUGGUGGGUUGCUUGCUACUACAGAGUGGAUCACUUCUCCUGUCCUGGGUUAUUCUUAAGGAGUGAGAGAGGUGGAGGUGGUUGGAUAAGGGAUGGGGAGAGGGCACUGGCGGCAGCAGUGCUGGUGGAGGGGAGUGAGCUGCAGGUGCAAGGGGUGCACCGCUCGCAGACCAGGCGGUCUCCUUCCCCUCCUUUCACCACAUCUUCCAUGCAACAGAAAGCGUCCUCGAAGCUGGGGUUCAGCCCGAGCAGAACCAUGGCGGCUGUCUCCUCUUUAGACGCGGCAGCGGCAGUGCUGGUGGAGGGGAUUGAGCUGCAGGUGCAAGGACUGAAUCGCUCGCAGACCAGGCGCUCCCCCUCUCCACCCUUCACCACGUCUUCUCUCCAGCAGGAAGCAUCCUCGAAGCUGGGGUUCAGCCCCAGCAGAACCAUGGCGGUAGCCCAGCGGCUGUACGAGGGAGUGGCCCUGGGCCCCGAAGCCUCUCGGGUGCUGCAAGGGGAGGGCGCGGGCGGGACUAAAGGGGCAGGGCGGAAAGGGGCUGGCGGAGGAGGAGGGAUGGUGACUGGGCUGAUCACAUACAUGCGCACAGACAGUGUGCAGAAGUUGCGUGGGCUGGCUGGAGGAGGAGGGGUGGUGACUGGGCUGAUCACCUACAUGUGCACAGACAGCGUUCAGUUGAGAAGGGGUCAGAGUAUUGGAUGUUUCUCCCAAGCAGCAGUGGCCACCCUCCGUUCCUUGCUGCAGCAAAAGUACGGCUGCAGCUCGUAUCCCCAUCUCCCCACGUCCCUCCCCCUCCCGUUCCCCCUUUGCUAUCCCUUCCCACUCUACCAGGUCUCCCAAACAGCAGUGGCGUCUCUGCGUUCCCUGCUGCAGCAGAAGUACGGCAGCAAGCUAGUCUCUCCAUCUCCUCGUGUGUUUGCAUCCAAGGCACGGAACGCCCAGGAGGCGCAUGAGGCGAUCAGACCAACUCACCCGCACCUGCUGCCAGCAUUGGUCAAGCCGGACCUGUCGGAGGAGCAGUGGAAGCUCUACGCUCUCGUCUGGGCCCGAUUCGCGGCCUCCCAAAUGGCAAAUGCGGUCUACGAUAGGGUAGCAGUGGACAUUGCAGCAUACCCCCUCGACCCCUCUUUGCUCUCCGCCUUCCCGUCUCAAGACCCUUCUGCUUCCGAGUCUCCUUCUCUCGACCCGGCUGCUCCUUCCACCUCUCCUCCUGCUGUCUUGCGAGCCAACGCCUUUGCCAUAGCCUGGCCGGGCUUUCUUGCUGCGUACAGUGAUUCGAGGACACUGGGCUACCUGUCUGACCUGUCCGAAGGGAUAACCACAGAGCCGCCACCUGGCGAUGCCACGUCAGCAGAGGCUGACAGCACAGCCACCACGUCAGACGUGUUUCAAGAAAUCAUGGCGCUUCAGCCUGGCGACAGGCUAUCGGUCGAAUCCGUGGAUCCUAGUCAGCACUUCACGCGGCCCCCUCCGAGAUACACCGAGGCAGCUCUGAUCAAGAAAAUGGAAGCGGAGGGCAUUGGCCGACCAUCCACCUAUGCUCCCACACUCAAGACACUCCUUGAACGCAAGUAUGUGGAGCUAGAUGCCCGCAGAUUACAUCCCACAAUCAGGGGACGGCUGGCCAACGCGUUUCUCCUCCACUUCAUGGAGCCGUAUGUGAAUGCGGCAUUCACUGCUCAGCUUGAAUCCAAGUUUGAUGACGUGGCAGCUGGGGAAGAGGACUGGCGGCAGGUUCUCAGAACCUUCUGGACCGACUUCCAGCCGAGAGUGGACGAAAUGCACAAGCUGUCUCCCCAAGCGGUUGGGUCAGCAGUGCAAGUCACACUAGGCGAUGGGCUGCUGGUGGAGGCAGCACAGACCUACUCAGAAGUACUGGCCAAAGCCCGUGCUCCUGCUCUUCCCGCCUCCUCCUCAUCCUCCACGUCCUCCUUGCCAUCCGAAUCAUCAGAACCAUCAGAACCAUCAGCCCUUUCUGAAAAACAUCUAUCAUCAUCACCGUCGGCAUUGUCAACACCCUCGCACUCCAAGACAUGCCCGAGCUGUGGCAGCGGCGAGUUAGAAUACAACUUCUCCAGCCGGGGAGUGGGCCUCUUUGUCGGCUGCUCCGCCUAUCCCGCAUGCCACUUUAAAGCGCGAGUGGUGGAGCAGGAGGGGAAGGCAGGAACUCUAGCAGUGGCGAUCGACCCUGUGGCGCACAUAAUAGGGGAGGACCCCAGCACAGGGGCUAAGAUCUGGCUCAAAGUGGGUCCUUACGGAGCAUAUGUCGAACGGUCGUCAUACGGCAAGGUCUCCAAAGUCAACAGAGCCUCCCUGGCCCCGGGCACCCAUCCCGACUCAGUUGACCUCCCCAAGGCACUUGAGCUUCUCGCCUUCCCUCGAACCGUCGGGCCACACCCAGAGGGGGGGACCGUGCUGCUGUGCAACGGUCCCUUUGGCUUUUACGUAGAGCAUGAUUACCCCGGCAUCGGGCUCAUCAGAGCAUCGCUGGGCACGAACGUGAGUAUAGACGAUGUGACUCUAGAGAGUGCCAUUGAGCGUUUACAGGUGAAGCAGGCACGGGCAGAGAGGGCAGCAGCAAAAAAGGCUGCUAAGGCUGCAAAGACGGGCAAGGGGAGCAAGGCGGGCGCAGCAGAAACAAGCACAGAGGCUGGGAAAGGGUCAGGGAAAGAGGCAGGGAAAGCUGCUAAGGCUGCAAAAGAGGGCAAGGGGAGCAAGUCGGGCGCAGCAGAAACAAGCACAGAGGCUGGGAAAGGGGCAGAGAAAGAGGCGACCAAAGAGGCGAGCAAAAGAGCAAGCAAAGAGGCGGGUAAAAAGGCGAGCAAGAGUGCAGGGACAGACGAGAAGGGAGAGCCGUUGCAGCAGGAAGAGGUGGAAGGGGAAGGGAUGGGAGUUGGUGGCGCAGGGAAAGGAGGGAAGGCAGUGAGAGUGAAAAAGGGCAAGGAGGAGGAGGAGGAGGAGGAGGGGAGGGGGGAGACGGGUCAAGAGUUUACUCGUGGCACGUCUCAAAAGGAGCAGCAGAGUAAGGAACGCAGAGGAACCAGGGGAGGAAUGGAGGUUGCGCGACGAAACCGGCUUCCCAGGAGGCCGUCAGACCAGCUGAAGGAGAUAAUUGGGAAGGAGCACGAGCAGCUGAGCAUAUUUGAAGCAACGAAGCUAGUGUGGGACUAUGUGAAAGCACACAACCUCAAGACGGGAAGCCACACAGCAGCCUUUGACGACAAGCUGAGGGCGCUCUUUGGGGUUGAUGAGGCUAAUUCCUCGAAAGUGCCGGGGCUGCUGCUACCGCACAUGCAGGAAGUUGCUGAAGCGGGGAAGGAAGCUUCUGAAAUGGGGAAGGAAGCUUCUGAAAUGGGGAAGGAAGCUGCACAAGUGAGGAAGGAAGCUUUUGAAGUGGGAAAGGAAGUUGCUCAGGCUGAAGAGGAGGCUGGAAAGGAGGGAAAAGCUGUGAGACCUCUCAAAAGUUUUGAGACGUCUCCAAAGAAGACAGAUUUGGAGGCUGGAGAGGAGCCUGGAAAGGAGGCACGAGCAGCUGAGCAUCUUCGAAGCAACGAGGCUAGUCUGGGACUAUGUGAAAGCACACAACCUCAAGACCGGCCCGCUCCCCUCCCUGUUUUAUUUGCCUCACUCCCUCGCUUCCCACAGCACGAGCAGCUGAGCAUCUUCGAAGCAACUAAGGUAGUGUGGGACUAUGUGAAAGCACAUAACCUCAAGACGGGAAGCCACACUGCCGCUUUUGAUGACAAACUAAGGGCGCUCUUUGGGGUUGACGAGGCUAAUUCCUCGAGAAUGCUGGGGCUGCUGCUACCGCACAUGCAGGAAGUUGCUGAAGCGGGGGAGGAAGUUUCUCAAGUGGUGAAGGAAGAUUCUGAAGUGGGGAGGGAAGCUGCUCAAGUGGGGAGGGAAGCUUCUAAAGUGGGACAGGAAGCUUCUAAAGUGGAAAUAGAAGCUUUUACGGUGGGGAAGGAAGCUUCUAAAGUGGGAACGGAAGCUGGUCAAGUGGGGAAGCAAGCUUCUAAAGUGGGAAAUCGAAUCAAGGAUGGGAGAAGCAUAGGAGCAGCAGAGCUUAUUCGUCUGAAGCAGCUUCCUAGAAGGCCGUCUGAGCAACUGAAGGAGAUCAUUGGGAAGGAGCACGAGCAGCUGAGCAUUCUUGAAGCAACGAGCCUCGUCUGGAAUUACGUCAAGGCCAACAACCUUCAAGCCAGCCCCAACACAGCAGCCUUUGACGACAAGCUGAGGGCUCUCUUUGGGGGUGGCAGUAUAACUCUCACGGUGGCGGGACAGCAGGUGUGGCAGCGAACCAAGGAGCAGGUGUGGCAGCGAACCAAGGAGCAGGGGGAGAAAGUGAAUAACUUACUUCUGCUGUGGUAG